AUAUAGCUACUACUCCACUUCCCAAUUCGAUCGAUAGAUGAUAUAGAGGAUAGAUAGCUCUGGCCAUUGAUCGAUCGGUCGAUUAGAUCAAUCUGUAGAGAGAGCUCGAUUGCUAAGGAUGGAGAUGAUGUCUGCUGCGGCGCAGGCAGCAACGUCGCAGCUGCCGCCGGGGUUCCGGUUCCACCCGACGGACGAGGAGCUGAUCCUGCACUACCUUCGCAACCGCGUGGCCUCGGCGCCGUGCCCUGUCCCCAUCAUCGCCGACGUCGACAUCUACAAGUUCGACCCAUGGGACCUCCCCUCCAAGGCGGUGUACGGCGACGGCGAGUGGUAUUUCUUCAGCCCGCGGGACCGCAAGUACCCGAACGGGAUCCGGCCGAACCGCGCGGCGAGGUCCGGCUACUGGAAGGCCACCGGCACCGACAAGCCUAUCCAUGACAGUGCCACCGGGGAGAGCGUUGGCGUCAAAAAGGCACUUGUCUUCUACAAAGGUCGUCCGCCCAAGGGCACCAAGACCAACUGGAUCAUGCACGAGUACCGCCUCGCCACCGCGAAACCGCUCGCCGCCGGCGCCUACCGCCCCCCCGUCAAGUUCAGGAACGUCGUCUCCAUGAGGCUGGACGACUGGGUGCUAUGCCGGAUCUACAAGAAGUCCGGCCAGGCACCGCCGAUGGUGCCGCCUCUCGCCGACUACGAACACCUGGACCAAGACGAGCCAUCCGGCGGCUUCGACGACAUCUGCAGUUUCUACGCGCCGACGAGCAGUGGUACUACUACCUGCAGCGUGACCACGCAUCAGCAGGCGGGCCCGCGGCUCCCGAAGAUCCCAUCCAUCUCCGAGCUCUUCGACGAGUACGCGCUCGCGCAGAUCUUCGACACGGCCGUGCCCGCCGAGGUCGACCACGCCCCGCUCGCCGUCCAUCCCUCUCUGAACCAGCUCCUGGCCGUCGGCAACGGCGCGCACUCGGAGCUGAUCUACUCGCCGUCCCCGGGCGGCGCGGGGAAGCGCAAGGCAAGCAGGGACGAAUGCGCUGGUGGCGGGCAUGAACUGAUCAUCAAAUGCACGGAUCACCAGCGGCUACAUGAGAAGAAUUAAUCUUGCGGAGUCCAUAAAGAUGGAUCGUGGUGCAGAAUUAUUGUACUAGCAGUAUCGAACAAGCAGGCAUAUGCAUACAAUUUUUUCUCCUAUGUACUAUUCAUUACAGGCACAGUGCAAGCAAAGCUAGCUGGAGCUUGAUGCAUGGACUACUACUACUACUUUGCGUCCGGAUCUAGAGGGAGAAUAUAAUCCUGUUAAUUAUAAUAUUAAGGUCCGUUAGCCUUUUAGUUAAGAACAUAUCCAGAACAAUAAUUGUUAAUUGUUUACUGGAAGAAUACAGUAAUUAAGAUUGUAGAACGGCACUACAACAGUGGUUCUAGCUUUCGAAACGAUCAUAUAUAUUGGUGUUUGUUGUGCAAUUUCUGGGAUGAUAAAUCAUAAAUAGGUGCGUUGUGGAGGUAAUAUACGGCGCCGUUUUCAGUAGUAGUUGAGUAUGUUUUUUCCAUAAUCUUGUGUAGCCGCCAUUGCAUGAUAAAUUCGACGAAUGAAACAGUUGGCGGCUGCGGAAGGAUGGGUAAA